GAAUAACGAUUUUCACAUUACCUUCCAAGACGACAAGGAGAAGGUUGAACAACAGGCUUUGAAUUACUGAUGUUUUCAUAUUAUAUGUGUGCAAUUUUUUUUCUUUCUCAUAUUAAAACCAAUUGGGAGGGAAAAAAGAAUGCCAUGACUCAUCUUUUUUCCUCAUAGGAUGAAACACAAGGAGAACUUCCGUAUUCAAUAUCAAAGUUCACAUGCUUUCCGAAUUAUUUACAACUUAGCCACAAUCUUAAAAUAAACUCAAAUGCUAAUUUUAAUGAUCUGACCCUUUACUCCAAUUUGUUGACAAAUUGGAUGAAUGCGUGAAUUUUUUGAUCACAAACUUGUAGUUCUAUUGACGGUUUUGUGUUUCAGGUUACGCUUUUUUUACUCUGUCAGUAGCGUUAUAUAUCACAAUUAUCACUACUACCAAUAGUAGUAAUAUUAAUUAUUAUUAUAAAACCGCGCGCCAAAUAUAUUGUUUAGCUGAGAACCAAAAGUUUUAAUUGACUAAUUGUUAACCCCCUCGGCUGCAUAAAAUCACUAACUAGGAAAGAAGGCAAUCUAGGAGAAACCACCCCACAUACUCCUUAUUUUGAUUGCGUUUAUUAUUAACGAGUCAAGACCUAUGAAAAAAAACAGUCCCCUCUAUGAUAGCUUAGAAGACAAUUCCCCAGCUGAAAGAGUGAACCCGAUGAGCACCCUAACCCCUCAUAAAAUUCUUGGAGUUGAGGAGCCCCCCAUUGAGCAUCUUAAAAGGACAAGCUUGGAAUACUUUUUUUACGUGGCCGUGGUGUUAUUUGAUAACUUUGGGGUUAUUUUUUACGAGUUAGUGUUAAUGAGCAACCGCUACCGUGAGUUAUUAAAACCGCAUCUAAACCCCCCGUGGGUUCCUUUUUGCUGGCUAGGCAGCCAUGGGGUGGACGUGGCGGAUGGGCAGUGGUAUUAUACCAUUUCCUUUCUGCCGUUUGCUAUUCCGAUCAUGGUGGUCUUUCUCUUUCUAUCCCGUCGACAACGCCGAGGGCGUCGUUUGGCGUUAACCCCGCCGGAAGCCCCGAACACUGUGCCGCCUCGGACUCAUCAAACGCGAUCGUCCAAGACGCAGGCCGCGAUGUCUUUGAUCGAAACCAAGAGCCUAAAUUUGACCACCUCGCUGCGGAUAGAUGGGAACGGCGGGGGGGUGGAAAAUUCCCUUUCCCUCCCUCAAUCGGGUCCGUCCGAGGCGGGGAAUGGCGUUUGGUCCUCUCCGCGCGAUCCCCCAAACGACAAGUCCACCUCCGAGGUCGUUUACGCCCGGCGUGAUCUGGCGAAAACGCAUCUUUUGCAUUUCCUUUUUGGUUUGUUCAUCGCGCUGGGGGUGACGGGGACGGGGUGUCUCUUCGGUCUGGCCUUUAUCAUCGCGAAUUACUACGCGAUGAAAGCGCUCUAUCGAUCCUGCCGCGUUAGGGUCGCCAUGGGGGUGAUGUGGACCUCCCAAAUCGCAAUUCUCUUUUUGCAUUAUUAUAUCGGGCGCUAUCGUUUUAGCUGGUUCGGCUUGGGGUUCUUGGAUGAUUUAUGGACGCCUUUGUUUCGCUGGACAAUGAUCUACAACAUGUCGAUGCUGCGGAUGAUUUCGUUUAACAUGGAUCUCCGCGAGGCGAUGGACAUCGAGGGCAGCGCGACGCGGCGUGCGCAACUUAUGGAAAAACACGAAAGCACCUGUGUGGAGUGCGCCGUGAUACGCGAUAAAACCAAAUCCCACACCCAAAGCGUCUUCGCCGAAGAGAUCCGAUGUUUACGGUACCGCACCGACUGCCCUCGCUUGCCGGAGGAGUAUCAUCUGUUGAGUUAUUUGGCUUAUCUCUAUUACCCCCCGCUCUACCUCACGGGCCCGAUGCUUUCAUUUAACGCCUAUACUUCCUACCUCAACCACGCGACGCGCGGGGUCGUCGGGAAGGCUAUUUGGCGUUAUGCCCUUCGCUGUGCAGGCGUCGGCGUGCUGCUUUCUUUCACCAUGCACUACGCGCACGUGAUCUCGCUUUUAGAUUUGUACAAACAUGGGCCCUCAAAAACGGCCAUGUUAUCGCUCAAUCCACAAGACAUUUCGGGAAUUCAGUUCUCGCAAACGCAGAAACUGACUCUCUUUUACGCUCUUCUCGGAUUCAUGUGGAUGAAGUUUGACUUCAUAUGGAAGUUCUCUCGCCUGGUCGCAUUUUUUGAUGGCGUCGAGCCGCCGGAGGAUAUGCGGCGCUGCUUUACCAAUACAUCAACCAUUCAGAACUUUUGGCGGGAUUGGCAUGCGUCUUUCAAUAUGUGGAUUCUGCGCUAUAUGUACAUCCCGAUGGGAGGUAGAAAUAACAAAGUGUUCACCAUCUUCGUUAUCUUCUUUUUUAUUGCAAUCUGGCAUGAUAUUGACUUGAGACUUCUUUGUUGGGCGGGAUUCACGUGCAUAUUUUUCAUCCAGGAGAUCUUUAUCUCAUCCUAUUUUACCACCACCAAAAAUAAAUUUAUCCAGCGUCUGCGGCGGCGAUCAUUUGUGUGGAGGUGGAUUCGUGUUACCGGUAUCUCGUUUAGCAUGCUCGAGCUCAUUUUUAUAAAUCUUACAGGGUUCAUGUUAGGAACGGACGCUCCAACGUCAGAACUGAAGAAUUUAUUCUGGGAAACCACCUGGAGCUGCAUAAUUUUUGUAACAUGCUCCUCGUUUUGCUUCGCAAGCGUCUCGGUGCAGGAUCUCGAUCAGGAAAAGUAUGAGGACCGCGUAUUGCGAAUCAAAUAUCAUCUAAAACCGAAGUAA